AAAGAGACCGAAGAAAAAUAAAUAAAUCGAGAUGUUAUUUGCUCACGGCUCACGUCACUGCUGAAAGCGGCCGAUUUAGUUGCUCCGAUCAGCGCCUCGCAGGCGAAAAAUGGUGUUCGAGGCGACGGAUGAAGUCCUACAAGUGCUGAAUUCUUCUCUUUCUCAACUGAAAUGGCGCCUUAAACCUCCAGCCAAGCGCCGCCUCGAGAUAGAUGUUCUUGCAUUACUGACAGGAAUGAGGCCAGUGAUAAUGGUCGAUUAUGGCGGGAAGAUGCCCGAAUUGCAGCAACACCUUUGUGCACUCAUCAAACAAUGCCACCAGGAGUCUGCGGUUUUCGAAUGCCUAAGAGUGAUGGUUGUGGAUGAUAUGAUCUAUCUGAUACACACUAAAGGACUUGCGGAGUAUGCCAGGACAAGCUUGAACUCAGAAGCGGAAUUGAUUUUUGUCAACCUGGAGCAGGAUCCACUGGAGAUGGUUUCGCAAAAGCACGACUGCCCCUUGGGAUCUGAAUUCUUGAGACUGCAGAGAAUGUUCUCCCGAUUCUUUCCCCUUGAUGAAGCGAAAGAUGCUGCCUUGUUGCCCGCUGCGAGAGAUACUGUGGCCAAUGUCGAACCUAGCACUUCGUUAUCUGAUGGACAUAUUGAUCUCAGCAGUUGCAUGAAAGAUACUCAGAUCACAGUGCCGACUCUAAAUGGAUGGCUUCUUGGCUACCCUGUAGUGUAUUUGUUCGGCAAGGAGUUCAUAUCAGAAGCAAUAUGUAAUCUGUCAACGAAGAAUCUGCAUCUCUUCAGAAUAUUAGUCCGCAGAGGCAAUGCAGCAUCCAGUAAGGGAUCCCAACCUGAAGAACUAAUGAGGUAAAUAUUAUCCUUCUGACUGUGGAAAGCUAGCUAGUUAGGUUUGUCAGUAAUCUCUGGAUGAAUGAAUUGAUAACGUAGUUGAGUCAGUAUCGAUGCAUUGACAUGAUUCUUGCUUAGCUGAAAUUCUAUUAGUUGUGAUGCCAGUUUCUUUGUGUACUAAGCAUAAAUUGUUGCAACAGUUUCUCAGUGCCAUAUGAGCUGAGCAUGCGGGGAAGGAAGGAGCCAUGGGCCGAGGCAUUUCUGGAGCGGCUGCAGUGCAAGUGGCAGAGCUGCAAGCAGACUUGGGUGUCUUUGGAAAUGGAGGUCGAUGAGUGCUACCCUCAAGCAAUAGUGCUGUAAAACUCCUCGAAUUCGAAACACGAUCUGAUCUCACCUUGCCGUCGGCUAUAGCACAACGAAGUCUCGAGGCAAUGCUCAAAACUUUCAUCAAUCAAACUCAGCGGAUAAUUUAGCAGUUGUGUAAUUCCUUUCCUCCUUGAUUAAGCGAUUGGUGUUGUAUGCUCAUCGUAUCAACUAUUGUCUACUGGGAUAUAAAUUCUCGUAUUAACAUCAAGAAUGGGCUCGGUGGCAGAAGCCCAAAAUGUAGAAAUGGUUUGAUAGGUCCCGUUGGAUAAAUGGGCUUCGUGCAGGAGGCCCAAAAUGAGUUUCUCCCCAGGGCCCGUUUUGAUCUUCUUCUUACGUUUGCCUAUUUAUGUAGUACUCGACGAACUGAGGAGGGAGAUAGAAAAGCUUUGGAGCGUGAGCUUGAUCACAAUUCACAGACCACGAUCGAAGAGAGGAAGAAGAAGCAGGAAGAAACACAGGAGGAAAGCAGGACAAAAUGUCAGGAGGAAUCUCGCAGGACUGGGAACCAAUCGUCAUCCGCAAGAAAGCUCCGACAUCCGCUGCCAAGAAGGACGAGAAGGUCGUGAACGCUGCUCGCCGCGCCGGAGCUGAGAUUGAGACCAUCAAGAAAUCAAAUGCUGGCUCGAACAAGGCAGCCUCUAGCAGUACUACCUUGAACACCAGGAAGCUUGAUGAAGAGACUGAGAUUGUUGCUCAUGAGCGAGUGCCAAGCGAACUGAAGAAGGCCAUCAUGCAAGGUCGAAUGGACAAGAAGCUUACUCAGUCUCAACUUGCUCAGGUCUCUCUCUCUCUCUCACACAUCAAGCUUGCAUAACAGCAGAUAUUUAGUUCUUAAUACCCCUCUAACUCUACUGUUUAUGGACUGGAUGCAGUUAAUCAAUGAGAAGCCUCAGAUAAUUCAGGAGUACGAAUCCGGCAAAGCCAUUCCUAACCAACAGAUCAUUAGCAAGUUGGAGCGAGCUCUCGGAGUGAAGUUACGAGGCAAGAAGUGAAUCGCUCAGCUCACGAGCAUUAUCCGAUAUGGCCCUGGUUCUGAAGUCUUCAAGACUUGCUGAUGUACAUUGAAAACACCUCGUCUUUCCGAAAUUUCUCUACCCUUCGCCGCCGCGGCUUGUGCCUCUUGGGAAACUGUGUUUUUUGGUGGACUGACGAUGCUAUGCAUGGCAGUGUUUCCUCUGUCUGUUUGCCCUCUAGAUCUCCCCCGCACCACCAUGUUUCCAGUUGAAAAUGCAAUCUGCAAGCGUUUGUUACCUAUGGCUGCUU